CAACAUGGCGCUGCCCAUUGUUGGAUUAAUAUACAUUAUUUGGUCUGCUAUUAAGAUUUACACACUAGGAUUUUUCGCGUUGUUGCGUCAGAUAAUUCAGAAACACAAAGCAGCAGAAGUGAAGUUGCAUACAGGGAAGGUUGCCUUGGUAACUGGUGGAACAUGUGGCAUUGGAUUUCAUGUUUCCAUGGGUCUUGUGUCCAAAAAUGUUCACGUAGUUAUGGCUGGUCACAGCAUUCAGAAAGGAGAAGAUGCUAUUACAAGAAUAAGAGAAGAAUACCCAAAUGCAAAAGUUGACUUUUUACAUCUGGAUCUCUCCUCACUCAAAUCUGUACAGACUUUUGUUGCCAAAAUAAAAGCACGAGGUCUCAAAGUUCAUGUUCUGGUCAAUAAUGCUGGCAUAAUGUUUGCUCCUUACAAAGAAACAGUUGAUGAGCUGGAGAGUCAUUUUCAAGUGAACUACUUAAGCCACCUUUAUCUGACACAGGCUCUGAUAGGCAUUCUGGAGGAUUCAGCCACAGAGGAUUGCUACGCCCGUGUCAUCAAUGUGUCAUCUAUAGUCCACAAUGUAGGAUCACUCAGUCUUCAGAGUAUUGGGAAAAGGUGCUCACAUUGCUGGGAAUAUUCCCCUCAUGCUGCAUACGCUAACUCAAAGCUGUACAUAACUCUCUCCACCUGGUAUCUAAGUGAAUUGUUCAGGCAGGAGAACCAGAGAGUUACAGUGAAUGCUGUCCACCCUGGGAUAGUUAACACCGACCUCUACAAGCAUGUCCAUCCCUCCAUCAAAUGGUUUCUGAACUUAUUAGCACAUUUUACUUAUCUGACCCCCUCUGAGGGAGCAGACACUAUUCUGUAUCUAGCAUUGUCACCUGAUGUGGAGAGGGAGUCUGGAUGGUAUUAUGACAAUUGUCAGAAGCAUAAAACAUGUCAGCUGUCCUAUAGUGAAAAAGACAUUAAAGAAAUGUUCACCAUUUCAACAGACAUUAUUAACAGCAAAAUUAGGUAGUAUAACAGAGUUCAUUGUAAAUGUUUAAAUAGUGUUUGUCUUUGUUUAUCUGUGCAUCAGAAAAAUAUCUGUGCAUUUUAAAUUGUUGAUUAUUUUAAAUAAAUUACAUGUUUUUAUUAACUAGCUUAAUCUUUAAUGUGUUUGGAGUCUCAGGCGUAUGUUACAUGUAAUGUAAAAUUAGCAGACUGAGCAUGUCACACACAAUAAGGACACACAUUAAUGUGCUUAUUUACAAUAUAGUUAGCAUGAUUUUAAAUAGUAGAAUCAUGUUAUAUUAGAACUUAAAAAUACAUUACAAAAACACAUUCACAAUAUUUUUUUUGAGACCCUUGGACCAGA